AUGUCCGACGGUACAAACCCGCCGAGAGAUGCAAAUAUGGCACCUGAUGUUGUGUCUGGUGGAGAAAUGGCGAAUCAUAGAACUUCGAUACUCCCUAAAGCGUGCGAAAAUUGCCGUGUCAGAAAGAUUCGGUGCAAUAAAGCUGCUCCGUGUUCGAAUUGUCAGGUAGCAAAUCUGCCAUGUAGACCGGCGUCGAAGACUGCGAGCAGUAGCAAGCCAAGAGUUCCUUCUGUUCCAUAUCAGGAGAAGAACUUUAACAUGAUCCAUGAGAGCUUAGCCGACAUCAUGAAAACACUUCGAAGACUCGAGAGUAAACCAGUAUCGAAUUCAUUUGCAGCUACAGAAGGAGCUGGGUCAACUAGUGCCUCUCCAUAUGUUCCUGCAAAGGUGUUCGAAGGCGAAUCGUCAUUCAGCAAGUAUUCAGAGCAAGCUACGUUGUCAGCAGAAAUCACAGCUGCAGCGCCGGAGAGUAUACAAACAGCAGAAGUGGUUUCCUCUCUUUCCUCCCUGAGGUCUCUCCUCGAAGGUCAAAGUUUGCCGUCUAGGAUCGAUGAACUACGGUUCCCUGACACACCUCUAAUUAACCAAAAUGUUAAAGCCGAACUACCUCCUGUGUCGCUCGUAAUUGCGGCGAUAAAAAGAGCGAAUAAGCGCACUCCUUUGACUUAUCUACAGCUACUCUUGAAUGACCACUCUUUGUUAGAAACUUUAUGCAAGAGCGUGUAUUUUCCUACAAAACCAAUCCAGCCAGAACGUCUUAAUCUGAUGAAUGGGUUGCUAAUGUAUGUCUUGCUUGAAUAUUCAAUGAAUGAUGACGAUCCAUCAACUCCAGCAUCAGAUUGUAGAGAGAUUUCCAAGUUCUGUGAAAUAAAUUUCGGCUACGCGAUGUUGACAUACGAAUCUAUGGUAACACCAACUCUAGAAAACAUAGUCUGCUUGAUGAUUGCAUCCAUGAAAGCACAGGAGGAUUCACGUCCGGCACUUUGUUGGACCUUUUUAUCAGCCGGCGCUCGACUCUGUCUACUUUUAGGCUACCACCGAAGAGAAGUGUUGGAGGCAGACCCUCCUCAGCUGGCCGAUUCAAAGAGGAGGCUUUUUUGGUUAUUCUAUAUGAUGGACAAAAUGUUAUCCCUAAGCCUAGGGCGUGUUUCUAAUUUUCCAGACUAUGACAUUGAUGCGCUCAUGUUUACCGCAUCUGAGUCUUCAGAACACCGAGCGUGGGAUGAGAUGUAUAUCGGCUGUGUAGAACUCGCCAAAAUCAUGGGGAAAAUCUACGAUGAAAUGUAUUCCGCAAAUGCUCGUAAGAAAUCACCGGAAUCGAAAUCACGAACCGUCGAGGAGCUCGCUUCAAACAUGUCCAAUUGGCAUUUACAGAUUGAUUCGAAUGUUGCAAUUGGCAAGGAAGACAUUGAAAUGAUGAUAGAAGCUUCUGAUUUCAUUUACUAUUCCUGUCUAACACAGCUAUACGGAGCAGAAACAUCGCUUGCCGGACCAACGCAAAUCAGUUCCAGACAUUUCGAAGCUGCCAGGAAGAGCCUUCAAUGCCAUGUAGCAAACGCGAAAUUGUGGCCUCAAGGCGAGAUUCUCAGAUGUAAAUUCUACUGCGAUUGGAUCAUCCUGUAUUUCUCCUUUACGCCAUUCCUUGUUGUAUUUACCCAUUGUAUAGCAUCACACAGCCAAGAAGACGUAGCAUUACUCAGCCAGGCGUUGAAUGCUCUCGCGCCAAUAAGAGACCUGUCAGAGGCUGGCGACCGACUUUACCAGGUCUGUAGUGUAUUCUUACGAGUAGCUCAAGCGGUAAAUCAGUCACAACAGCUGUCCUUUGGCAACUAUGACUCCAUCAAUAACUGGUUCACAUUUCCAGUCGCGUCUGACAGUCAGCUUGACAACAACCCACCUGCAGAGAACUUAGGAUUAUCGUUUCCGUUCCACGAUACUGGACUUGGUUUAAGAAUGGCGGACGUACAACAAAUGUCUCAAUAUUUGGAUACAUUCCUAGUUGAGCAGCAGGGAGAAGAUGGCUUAUGGAAUACUUGA